AAUGCCGAAAAAAAAUAGAAGCAAAAUGUUUUUGUAUCGUCUUUAUCCAUAGUAGUAUAAUUUAUUUUCCAAGAAUGUUUUUUGUAUUUUAAUCGAACGAAACAUGUUUAAAAUUGAAUCAUAUAUUUCACCAAUUAUUAUUAACUACAUAGACAAGUAUGUCAAAGAUUUUCGACCACAAAAUGCACAGGUAUCGCUGUGGGGCGGUGAAGUUUCCUUUCAAAAUCUUGACAUUCGAUUGGACGUCUUACAAGAAGAACUUCAUUUGCCGUUGAACAUUGUUUCUGGUCACAUUCAUGAGCUAACGGUUCGCGUUCCGUGGACGAAAAUAGCAUCGGAACCCAUACAAAUAAAUGUCAAUACAAUCGAAUUUGUGGUGAAGCUGAAAUCAGGCGAUGGCGAAAAAAAGGAACGAGAUGACGCAAAACCGCCACAAUCGCCUCAAAUAGCACAAGAACCGCCUGGCUAUAUGGCAACAUUGAUUAAUAAAAUUGCCAACAACAUUUCAAUCAAAUUGAAUAACAUCAUUUUCAAGUAUAUCGAAGAUGAUAUCGUGCUAUCGAUGAACAUACAAAUGUUAUCAAUCGAUUCGGCCGACGACAAUUGGAAUCCGGCAUUCGUUGACAUAAAUCCAGUGAAAGUGAUGCUUAAAAAAGUGAUAAACAUAAAUGAUUUAACGAUAUGUCUGGACAAACGGAAUGCACAAGGUAAAAUCGAUGUGUGUCAAGAGCCAAUAUUAUAUCGUUGCUCAUUACAAGCACGAAUGAUUCGAAAAUAUAAUUUAACAACGGCACAUCUUGACUCAAUCACCCGAAUCGAUAUAUUCACCGAAAAUAUUGACUUUAAAAUAUCGGUGCAACAAUUUCCAAUGCUCAUUCGUAUGUAUUUAUUGGUGCAAAUGUUACGAGAAUUCCAUACAAAUUUGCAUGGUGCACGACGAACGGGACAAGAUACAACAACCGGCAGCGGUCAAACGGUUGACUAUAUUGAUGGUUCGUAUACAACAUGGAUUUGGAAUAUGUUACCCGAAUUAUUUCCGGCAUCAAUCGAAGAGGAGCGUUUAGACUCACAAGGCCAUAUUUUUCACAAUGGAUUCUAUGCGAAAAAUAUCAAUAUUACAAUAAAAUCACAAGAGGUCGUUGCGAACAGUAUCAUCCAAACGAAUACAGUGUACAAAUAUCAUCCGAUUUUGAAGAUAACAUUGUCGGGUGUUUCAUUCGAUGCGAUAAGCAUUGGCAAGAAAUGGACAAAUGUCAAAGGUGGCAUUUCAUAUAUCGGUGUAUUUCCAUUGGGAAAUUGUACAUGCGGUAAAAAACUUAAUUUACCAACGAUUUUUUUGUCGGGACAUAAAAGUAAGGCGGACAGUGAGACAUUUCUAUCGGAUUCAUUAAAAGAUCCAAAUAAAAAUGUAAGCCCACCGCUAUUGUAUGAAUGCGAUUUUCAAUCGCAUCUACUUCGUUUCACGGAAGCAACACUGCUUGCAACAACGCCGGCCUUAUCAAUUGACAUUGUUAACUAUCGACACACGAUGGAUGACACACGUUCGUAUGGUACGCAUUCAAUAGGUAGCGGUGACCACGAUUUAGUGACCGAAGAAUAUUUUAUGCGAAUUUUUUUUGGAAAAUUUAAUCUUAAAAUUGACACAAGCUUACUUCAUUUGUACAAUACACUGAACGAUCAAUGCCAACAAUACACGUAUGUUGCACCAUAUUUGGCAGCAAAUCGUACGGAAAUGCUAUCACAACUAACACCACCAUCGACCGAUGACUAUGAAUCACUUCUUGAUUGUAUUCCACUUCGAAAAUGCUGUGUGUACCUGAAUAAAUCAACAAUUGAAUAUUAUCAUUUGAAUGGCGAUCAUUUUCAAAGCAACGAAUUAAAUGAUUUUAAGCAAAUGCCGUGUCUUAUGUUCAACGUAAGUCGUGCCGAAUUCGGUGUUACGAUGCCAUUGUAUCCGGAAAAAUUGAUAAACACUACGUGCCAAUUGCCCGAUCCAACCGAAAAACUUAAAGAAAAUUGUUUCAAUCGAUAUGGAGCCGUAAUUGAACAAACAUCACUUGAUAUCGUCUACAAUAAAAAACGAUUUCAACUAUUUUCAAUGUCAAAUUUCAAGCUCAACUACGACACACUCAUACAGCCAGAACUAUGGAAAAUGAUUCGAAUGCAAAAUUAUACGUACCAGCUAAUGGUAUCGAGAAUUGAAUUGACAUUUAAUAAACCACAAUAUUUACUAUUCGCACAAUUAUUUGGGGCAUGCACAAAAAAUGGCAUUUGUGCUGAUAUUCCUGUUAAAUAUAUUAAAACAUUUCAUGCAAUCGAUAUGUGCCAAAGUAAUUUACCGAAAAUUGAAUUGUGCAUGGUAAAUGGCGAAGCGUCUGUGAUUUUUAUCGACAAUGUAUUGGGUGUACGGGGCAGUGUUGGUGCAAUCGUUGGUUUUGCUCAUUCACCACAUGAACUUGACACAUUCAAUCCGAACGAUGCGUACAAGGGUAAAAGCAUCUUCUUUUCAAACGAACACUUCGAAAGCAAUCUAUUCGAAUGCACAGUGCAAUAUCCGAUACACACACAAAAAAUUAAACAUCCACCAAUUGUAAAUAUUGAAUUGCAGAAGUUGAUCGUAAGCUUUGAUUCACUGCUUCAUCAAUUUUUGAGCUAUGAACUACCGUUUGGAAACUCAACAGAAGUAUCAACAAUGUCCGAUGAAAAAGCGCAAAAGAAAGUUCGUAAAUCGAGUAAAGUGAGCAAACCGUUGCUUCGCACUGAAUCAGUUCAUUCGAACUCAAUAACAACAAUGUCGAUUGUAACAUCGGCCACAAGAACCAAGGAACAUACCGAUCAACAACGAUUUAUCGAAUGGUAUGAGUACAUCAAACAAACCAUAGUCUAUAUUAAUGCGCAAUCGAUGACAAUUGUUUGUCCAAAUAAAUGUUUGUACAUGGAACAGGAGACAAGCACGCUAAAACAUUUGAUUGACGCUGAAAAACAUAUUUUAAUGACAUGCUUUAGAUUACCAAGUCUUGCUAUUCAAACGACAAAAUUCAAGAAUAUACAAAGUGUGUUGAAAGCAAAUUUUCCAAUUGAUUUGACGGAAAAUUGGAUGCUCGGUGUAAAUAGCUUUCCAUGGAAUAUUGAAUUGAAUGAUUUCAUCUGUUUUACGGUCAUCAACAAUGAUCAACGAAUAUUUUUGCCCAAUGUUAACACAAAAUUAACGUUAGACUUGACGAAAAAAGAGAAUACGGGCGGAACGGUCAUUGGCGAAGAGAUGUCGUUUGUAAUUCAUUUGGAUACAACGCCGAUUCGAUUGAAUCUGGAUUCGGCUCAGAUAAAGCAAAUUUAUGGUUCGCUAAAUAUUUUGUUGCUGCGUAAAUCGAAGAAAAAACAACCAAAUACGGUUAUUGAUGUGCCAGCACAAUUCUACGACACCCAAAUCAAUGAUUUCUUCUGCGAAACAACAAACAGUGAACGAUCAAGCGAAGAUGUCAUUUCAAAUAUUGAUAAAAAUGUUUCGAAAAUUCAUUGUUUAUUGCAAUGGACAAUAACAAAAUUUACAUUAUCACUGAAUGACUCAACCACGCACACCAACAAUGUCGAAUUGCUAAUCGAUCUUGAGGAUAUUAUUGUGAGCAUUGACAAGCAAAGUGCGUACACAAAAGCAAAAGCAAAAUUUGGCUCAAUAAAUGGCAUGCGCAAAAUGAAAAAUAAAAUCACCGGCGAAAUUGAUGUAUUAAAUAUGAUAAGUCGUUCGGAUGCAUUGACCGUUGAAUCACAAGAGACAUUUUUGGAGGUGGUUGCAACCAUGGCCGUUGCAUCAAAUGUGCACAGUCGAUGGGGCACAUCGGCCACAAAAAAAGUAAUGGGAUUCCGAAAUGAUAUCGAUACCAUUACCGAAAUAUUGAUCACCAUGCAAUCGAUCGACUUAAAAUUGGAGUCCGAUGUUCUUUCUGUGAUAUUAAGCAUAAACGAUGAAAUGUGUAGCGUUAAUUCGUUAAGCGAUCGAAAUGAAUGUGAUGUUGACAAUGCGACCGUGUAUUGUGUACGAGAUCUUCCGCUGUUAUUUUUUGAUUGUAAAGGUCUUCAAUUAUGGUUGCCAAAUACAAAUGGUGAAAUUGCAACCGAAUCAAAUGUUUUAAUCGUUAAAAUGAACGCCAUCACAAUUGCACCGUCGGUUGAGAAUCCGGUGAUACGGAAACCAGUUCGUGAGGAUAUUUAUGUUAAAGCGGCUCAGCUUCGGAUGAUAAAUACGCCCGGUUCGAUUAUUGAAGAUCGACAAUAUGAGCUAUUAUUGAAAAAUGUGUCCGUUUUUACGGGAAAUUGGGAUGAAAUUCUACAAUUUACGUGUCCGGCUAAUAACGAAAAUCCAGCCUUCGAUUGGAAUAAUCAAACUGAAAAACCAUCAUUAAAUAUCAAUACAAUUUUUAACGAUUGCGUACUAUCGGUGAUUUAUGCGCCAGCAAUUGUUUUUCAAAAUAUUGUCGUUUGUGGACAAGCGCUUGAAAUCAAUUGCAUUAGUGAUUUGUGUCUGAAUUUAACACUGAACGACAUUGAAUUGCUCAAUGAUUUACGAUUGAAAUUUUCAAAUGUGUUUAGACAACAAACAAUCGAAUCAACAUGCAUACCAGCAAAACGACAACGAAUGGAUAAAUGUACCACUCAUUUUCGAACAAUUAACGAUCAAUUUGACAAUCAUUUGAGCGAUUCGGGUUUUAAGUCCAAUUGCUAUCACGAUAAACGUAAGUCUAAUGAAAAACUAAGCACACAAAAAAUUGACAUUCCACACAUGUUAUCAUUUGUUGGUGGCGCAUUCACUGUACAAUUAUACAAUAAAAUUGUACAACAUCAAAAUAUACCAUUAAUGGCCGUACAAAUGAUGCAACCAAAUUUUUACUGUGUUCAUGAAUCGGCCGAAACAAUGGAACGACUGUCACUGUUCAAUUUAACAUUGAAAAUGCACAAUCAAAAGGUGUGGGAACAAAGUGACAUUAUCUUUGAUACGCAUAAGAGUGAAUUGGAUGAAACCGGCAUAUCACCAGCAUUAAUUGAAUUUCAACGUGUUAUAUGCCGAACGGACAAUGAUAAUGACAUCAAAGUUCAAUGCAAUGUACGUAAACCGAUUCAAAUUAAAUUGACACCGACAAGUGUCGAGAAUCUAUUUGGUUUCAAAGAAACGAUGGAACAUGUUUUCUACAAAGACCGGAUAAUCAAUAGCCAAGUGAAUGAACGGCCGAUUCUUCAUUUGAACAAUAUCAAGGAAAUUCGUAAAUUAAUCGGUGGCCCGAAUAGCAUUGAAUUUAAUAUGACAAAGAUAUCAAUCAAUUUUAUGACAUCGAUGGAUCGUGUGGUUAGCCUAUCGCUAUUCAAAUGGAAUAAUAAAAUUAGCGUGCACGAACGCAUGAAACAAAUUACGUAUUCAACCAAUAUUGAUUCGGUGUCAGUGAAUACACAAAAUUCAAUGCUAUUAAAUCCAACAUCAAUGACCUUUGAAUGUGCACUGUCACAGGAGAAAUGGAGCAAACGACUUGUGAUUUCAACGAAUUUCACAUCAAAUAUUAUUCAUUUGCAAAUUAAUCCAAACGAUUUUUGGACAUUUGCCAAAGUUCAAUUGGAUUUUUGGUCGUGCAUUAAUCGCUGUUUCAAUGCAACGAAUCAACAUGCCAAAGAAAAAGAAUGCCACUUACAUCAAAAUAAGCCAGAGUAUAAUGCGGAACAUCUUAAUUCGUAUGAAUUACCAAGAAUAGCUCCGUCGAAUAGUCGAACGAACGAGGAGUACUUUCAAGAUGAUCUUAGGCUUGGAACAUUUGAAUAUAUCAUUUCCAAUGGAGAUAAUUCAUUGCCGUCGCCAUAUCAAAUUUACCUACUGAACAGCGGAGCUGAUAUGCAAAUAUGUUGGCGUUAUCCCCAUCCAAGAACGAUCAAUUUCAUCCAGAUCUAUCCCAUUCCAGGACAGUUUGAUGUCAAUAUGAAAUGUCAACUGGAGUAUUUUCAAGAAUCGCAUAAUACAUUUUUUCCGUAUGUAACAUUUGUAAUUGGUAACAAAAAAUCGCAUGAAGUAAAGCUACCAAAACAAAAAUUAACCGCAUCGGUGUGGCGUAUUGUAUUAAUUGAAUCAAUGGAUGCCACCACCUUCAUCGAACCGGAUGAAACGAAUCCAUUGCAAGAUUUCCUGUCGCCACGAACAAUCAUCAGUUUUAUUCGCAUCGAUUCAAUAUUCAAUGUGGAAAAUGUACCAAAAUUACAGGCCAAUUUCAAAGUAAACAAAAUUACAAUGUCGAUAUUGAAUAGUUGUGUGAAUGUGCAAUCAUGCCCGCCGGAAAUUCUAUCCAAAUACACAUUAAAAGUUGAAGAGCACACGGAUGUUACACAGGAGUUUUGUCAAAUUAAUUUCGGUAGCAUAAAUGUCAAUAUCAAUGUUUAUGGUGAUAUGCUGGCAAAAGUGUACAAUGAAUUUACAUUCGGCAUUAAUAUAUUCGAUUCAAGUUAUUUGAAUGUGAUACCACUAAUUGAUACGGUUUCAAUUGGCAGUUUUAUUGAAUUUUCGACGGACAAUCGCCCAAACGUCAUACAUUUAACGGCCGAUAAAUUGAGCAUGAAAUAUGGACCGGCUGCCGGUUGUGCGAUUGCAACAGCAAAAAGUGUAUGGCAAAAUACACCAAUUGAAAUUCAAAUGCCAAUCAUGUCACGCCUUGUGAUUUGUAAUUCAAUGUCAGCAUCUGUCAAAUUUGGUCAAGAUUCAACAGAAGAAACAAUUUGGUUGCAAACAAAUGAAUGUUUUUACUAUGCAUUUCGUACGGAAAAAUCGCCACAGAAACUUCGAUUCUCGAUCAAAUCAGAGAAUAGCAUUGUUGAAGUGUCCGAAGCAUUUUCAUUGAACGAUACCAACGAAAUGAAAAUGCUAAAUGUUGCAACAAAUAAAAUGCUACUGGUGACCACACGCAAACUAUCGACCACACAAAAACAGGUGAUCAUCAAAGGUCAAAUUGAAUUGAUGAACAUGACCAAUGAAUCGUUUCAAAUUCAUUAUAAAGAUAAAACCAAAUUACAAUACAUGGAUGCGGAAAAUUCCAAUACAAAUCCAAGUGUCAUUUUAAUGACAUCGAUGGGCAAUGGGUCAUUCUUUGACGCAUGCGAUGACUCAUGUGAUGCAUAUAUUCGACUUCAGUUGGUACAUGAAAAUGCAAACGGAUGGUCUGGCGAAAUUCCGCUGGGAAAACCGACAUCAAACAUUCCGUGGCUGGUGAAAGUGCCACUCAAAACGGAUCAAAAGUAUGCAACAUUCUCGGUGAGAAUACACACGGAGUAUAUUGGCGAACGAAUAUCGGGCAAAUUGCAAGCAAAACGUAUUUUAAUCAUCUUGUGGCCAUUCUUCACGGUACGCUCAUUGUUGCCGAUGCAUAUCAAUAUUCAAGACAAGGAAAACAAUAAAUUGUAUACAAUUGAUGGAAAAGGAACCUGCACUGAUUUACAAAUUGCUGGCACUUUUGAUACAGAACAUACAUUUGCACUCAAUUUAGGUUCCGAAAAUAAGGAGAUAAACGAACUUAUUUUAACGUACAAAAAUAUUGAUAAAAGAUCAUUUUUCUCCGUUCCCGUUCAUUUCAAGACCAUUAACGAUAUUAUCAAAGAAUUGGAAAAGCCGAAUGAGUUAAAAUGGCCAUGUCGUUUCGAGAAAGAGUUGAACAUCGAUCGUAAAGCAUCACACGAAAUAUCGUCUGCUCCAAUUUGUAAAUUUUCUGCUAGUCGCAGUUUAUCAUGUGCAAUGGAAUUAAAUGUAAUACCACCAUGUUUAAUAAUCAAUAAUUUGGGCUUCGACAUUUUUAUCGUUGAACCAACGAAUGAAAAAGAAUGUUGUGUCCAGUCCAAUUACAUGACCAUACCUAUGACGAUUACGUCUGGAUUCUAUAUAAAAUUCCAAUGUCAUGAUGAAUGGAUAACAAUGCCAAAAAUUCGUUUAACCGAAGAAAAAAAUGUAUCGCGUCAUACAUCGUACUAUUUACCAGAUAAUGGAUCGACAAUUGUUGCCGAAAAAAUUGGAACAAAUCAUUUUGCAAAAUUUUGUUUGACUGCUAUAAAUGAAAAUAACUCCAAAAUUCUAUCAAUUCAAUCACAUUUUGUGCUAUGCAAUUUUUCAAAAUAUCAUCUUAAAUUCCAUGCAUUUUGUAUUCAUCGCAAUGAAAAACUCUCCUAUGAUGACAUUAUAAGAUCACUUCUUGAAAAAUCAACACCAUUGUCAAUGUUGAAUAACAAUCAAACUACCGACAAUAUAUUCAAAGGCUGUGGCUGUACAGUAUUUUGUGAUAUUUCCCAAAAAACAUAUAAAUCGUUAAAUAAUAUGAAAGACUUGAAUUACUACAUUGUUAUUGGAUCGGAUGAUAAUUUUAGCAAUUGCGCACCACCAAUUUUAAUCAAUAAACCGAUUACCCGAACCGCAUUCGGCUUACAGUACAAUGAAACAAAUAUAUCAUUGGCUGCAUCGGUGAAUCAACAUAAUGAUCAAUUGUACAUAUCAGUUUAUGAGGAUCGCUAUCCAUUCAUUGAAAUUGAUAAUCAAACGAAUAUCUUAAUAUUUGUUGCUGAAGCUGAUUUUGCCGAUUUUUCAAAGAGCCUCAAGCCAAAGAAAUCAAUUCAUGAUGAAAAUUUUCAAUGGUGUUGCACAAUACCGUCAUAUGGUCGCAUGAAUUUUGCACCACCAUCGGUCAAUGAACGGUUUCCCGAAAAACAUAAUUCCAAUGUGCAUUUGAUUUUUGGAUGUGCGAAUAGUGGUGGUGAUAUUAAAUGGUCAAUACCGGUGGAAACGAACAAACAAGAUGAAAAAUAUUUAGCAUUACCGCUCUAUGGUGAUAUAAAAUUGACUUCAUAUAGCGUUAAUAAAACCGUCAAAAUUCUACUAGAGCACAUUGAUUUUAAAAAAGAAUUUAACGUCAAAGUAGUCCAUACAAAAUUAAGCAGCCCGAACAGUUCCAAUAAUAAUAGUGAUUUGAUCAACGAUUCCAUCGAUGCAAAGAAUUGUGCCACCGAAUUGCAGCGUAUUCGUCAGUCAAAUAAAGUGAAUUUUUCAUCGAAAACAAUUAUACACAAUUUCAUUGCAAAUAUAUUCAUUAAGGAAGUUAAUUUCGUUCUGUACGACGAUGACAAAGAGAAUUUGUGCAUAAAAAAUAAUAUCGCUUCAAUAUUUUUCGAUGAUUUUAUUGUUCGUUAUGUGGAAGAGGAGAGAAAACUUGAAUUCGGUUUUGGAAAUAUUCAAGUUGACAAUAAUUUAUAUUCGACGGGAAAAUACGAUUUCCCGGUGAUUUUGUGUAGCCAAAAUGAGUCAAAAGUAAAUAGUAAAAAUUUUAAAGGUGCCGAUAUUAUAGAUAAAACCAAACCUAAUGCAAAUCCAUCGGAACGAUCAUCAUCAUCAACAACAACAACAAGUCCAACUUCAUUUUCACUUCCGUUGAUGCACGAACAAUUAUUUGAAAAUCACAUUGGCCAUUUCAAAAUUCUGCUAGAAGACACGGAAUUUAGUGCAAAAGAGAUCAUUUGCAGUAUGCAACCGCUUCGUGUUUACAUCGAAGAUAAAUUUAUCGCCGCUUUACUUGAUUUUGCCAUUGAAAAUCUACCAUCAAACGUUGUUUAUAUACCCGAUUCAAAUGAUCGCGUCGAAUUAAAUGGUGGCGAAGUACUCAUACCAAAAAUUAUUAGCGAACAAAUAUUAUCGUUCUUUUCGGAACCAUUACGCUUGAAUCGACUUUGUAUUAAACCACUCAGUAUUUUACUAUCGGUUCACACAUGCAUUAGAAUGUACAUCGCAUUAGAUCAUAGCCCAUUGCAUUUCGCCCAAUUUGAAUACAAAAAUAUUUAUACAACAACAAUGAGACUUGGUUAUAAUAUUGGAAUGCAUUAUGUUUCUGAUGCCAUUUUUGGUGCCGGAUGGGUGGUCGGUUCACUUGAAAUUCUCGGCAGUCCAAGCGGUUUGGCUCGAUCCGUAUCAACUGGUUUGUGGGACUUUGUCUCGAUGCCGGUACAAGGUUUGAUGCGUGGUCCAUGGGGUGUUUUACUUGGCAUUACAUAUGGUUCAGCGUCUCUUAUAAAAAAUAUAACAGCUGGCACUGUGAAUUCGGUUACAAAAUUAGCUGCAUCGGUUGCACGAAAUCUGGAUCGUUUAACUUUAGACGAUGAACACUUGGAACGCACCGAAGCAAUACGACGAAUGCGACCAUCAUCCAUAACACAUGGCAUAAGUCAAGGUUUAACUGGAUUCGGAAUAAAUUUACUCGGGGCUGUUGGUGGCAUUGCAAGGCAUGCGCUCGAAGCGAAAUCAUCGGUCGAAGUUUUUACUGGACUUGGAAAGGGUAUUAUCGGUGUUGUAACUAAACCGAUCAGCGGUGCAGCCGAAUUUCUGGCAUUGACCGGACAAGGUGUUUUACAUACAGUUGGUUUUAAUGCAAUGCCAAUAUCAAGAGAUAUCGCCACAUCAAAUGAAUGCCAAACACCAAUGUGUUUGACAAAAGUUGCAUGGAAAAUUUUAUCAAAAAUUGAUUAUAACGAUUCUGUUUUGUGGGUGGCCUUUGCAACAGUUCAAGAAAAAGAUAAAUUAUCGGAUGUCACUGUUGCCAUCACAACGAAAUUGAUCCUAUUGAUACUUGAUAGUGACAACGAAUUAGCAACCGUUCUUCCUAUAUCACGAACAAGAGCUAUUAUCGAUCCAAACGAUGCCACAAGUCUUAUAUUGGCCAAUAAAAGUGAUGAUGAUAGCCAACAAUUCCAUCGACAACGAAUUUUACAGUAUUUAUCAAAAACACAGGUGCAAUCGACGGAAAGUCGUUCAAAGCUCGAAGAAGACAACCAAAUGAACUAUGUGAAUGACGCAAAACGAAAUGUUCUAUUAUGCAAAGAUUCACAGACUGCCAUUUAUUUGGCAAAAUAUAUUCAAUUUUUGUACUAUUGUCUAAAUACCAACCAAAAUUAGCCAAAGCGAUUGAUUUUUCCAUUAAAUUACCGAAAAAACUUCGAAAUAAAUAUUAUAACAAAACAUUUUUUAAUUAAAAAAAAUCCAAAAGAUUAUCACACGCACGUGUACAAUAA